AUGUCCGCCAACAUCACCCCCCACCGCGUCGAGACGACCCACUCAACAUAUUCGGACAAGGACAAGGACCUGACCAAAGAAGAGGCCGGCGUGGCCGUCACCAACGCCGCCGACCAUGGCGACUACUCUGGCUUCACGCAGAAGACGGACCCGCGCGAGAUCAAGCUCGUGCGCAAGCUCGACAUUUACAUCAUGACUUCGCUGUGGAGCAUGUACUGGCUCAACUAUCUCGACCGGAACGCGAUCGCCCUUGCCAAGCUCUCCUCCCUCACCGAGGACCUCCGCCUCACCGACGUCCAGUACCAGACCUGCGUGUCUAUCCUCUUCGUGGGCUACGUCAUCAUGGGCGUCCCCUCCAACAUGUUCAUCACGCGCACCAAGCCGUCCAUCUUCCUCGUCUGCGUCAUGAUGACCUGGGCCAUCAUCUCGAUCUGCACGGCCUUCUCCAAGAACUUCAUGGGCCUUCUCCUUACCCGCUUCUUCCUCGGUGUGGUCGAGGCGCCAUACUACCCCGGCGCGCUCCUCCUCAUCUCCAACUUCUACACCCGCACCGAGGUCGCGACGCGCAUCGCCAUCUUGUACACGGGCAACAUCCUCGCGACCGCCUUUGCCGGCCUGAUCGCGCUCGGUAUCUUCAAGCUCGACGGCGUGCGCGGCCUCGCGGGAUGGCAGUGGCUCUUCAUCAUCCAGGGCGCAUUCACCGGCCUCGUCGCCCUCUGCGCGUACCCCUUCCUCCCCGACUCGCCGCUCACGACCCGCUGGCUCACGCCCGAGGAGCGCCAGCUCGCCCACGACCGGCUGCAGCGCGACAACGUUGACCGGUCCGAGAAGGGCUCGACCCUCGACGGGCUCAAGCAGGCCGUCACCGACCCGCGCGUGUGGCUCUUCUGCCUCAUCCAGAACCUCCACCUCUCGGCCAACGGCUUCAAGAACUUCUUCCCCUCGGUCAUCAAGACGCUCGGCCUCGGCCAGACCCUCACUCUUGUGCUCACGUGCCCUCCGUACCUCAUCGCCGGUGUCUUCUCCAUUGUCGUCUCCCUCACCUCCGGCAAGUACAACGAACGCACGUGGCACAUUACGGUGUGUAAGGCGAUUGCCAUCCUCGGCUUUGCCUUGGCUCCCGCCACACUCAACGUCGGUGUGCGAUACUUUGCCAUGAUGGUGUUCACGAUUGGCACGUACGGCGUCAACUCGAUCGUCCUCGGCUGGGCAGCGACAGUGUGCUCGCAGUCGAUAGAGAAGAAGGCCGUCACCAUCGCCAUGAUGACAUCCCUCUCCAACGCGAGUUUCAUCUACACGCCCUACCUGUUCAAGGAGAGCGACAAGCCGCGCUACACCAUCGCCAUGACCGCCAUGGCUGCCUUCUCCUUCCUCUGUGCCGCUUGCUGCUGGGGCAUGCGCAUCAUCCUCAAGAGGCAGAACAAGUCGCUCCACCUCUCGGGAUCGCCUACCAUCACCCGCCCCCGCACCCCGUGCCCGCCACUACAGCUCUGUCAGUGGUGCGCCGACUCGGGCAUACCCUACGCCUCUCUCCUGUUCAGCGAUGAGACGCGCCUCGACCGGCUCUAUGGCGCCCCACUGCCCUCUGACCCUGGCGCGCUCGCGACCUUCGAAGACACGCUCAUGUCGACGUUUGUCUCGGCGCCGGACUUCGACAACCUCAAUUACCUGGACCGCGACCGCCUCUCGCGCCUGUACGAGCGGUACCGGCGCCUGCCGAACAGCGUGAACGACGACCAGCUCGCGUUCCUGUAUGCCGUGUUCUGCCUGUCGCGCUUCAACCAGCUCCGUACAGCCGAUAAUACCACCCACACGCCCAGCUCGACGCUAUCGCACCCGGAACAUAUCCCGCGCGAAGACCUCACCUACUUCCACCGCGCGUGCCAGGCCAUGACGCGAUGGGGCCGCCCGUCCGUCUGGUCGCUGUGGGGGCUGAGCUGCCUCGUGCCGUACUCCAUCGCGACUGCGGGCCCGGCUGAGACAGACUUCCUCCUAGACCGCAUGGUCAUGCAUGUCCGCGAGCUAGGCAUCCACCAGCGCGAAACGGCCGCGCUCUAUCCGUCGGAGGAUAUGGUCGGGCUGCUGUUCAGCGCCUUCUUCUACAUGGACACGAUGUGCGCGGGCCUCAUGACCCUCCAGCCGAGGUUGACGGCUUACGAGCUCGACUUUGACCCAACCCCGCUGAGCGCCAUCGCGCCAGGCUGCCUCGCCGCCGCGAGCCUCCACCAGGCGCACUUUCUCAACCAUGUCGGCGCGCACCCUGAGGACCUUGCGUCGAAAGAGUAUAUCGCGAGCACGAUCUCCACGUGGAACGAGACGCUGUACGCGCUGCGGCGGGACAAGCUGUCCACCAUUCCGCGGGUGAAGCGCGCGAUGCAAGUCCUCCUCUUGACGCCGGGCAUCGCAACCCCAGAAGCAGGGAGCACGUCCCUCCCCCUCCUCGCCCGCGUCACGUCCCAGAUCCUCUCGACGUUCGCCGAGCUCGCGUCCCUGGGACACCUGAGCCCCGCAUGGCCGCAGGUACGGCAGAUUGUCGCAUGUGGGCAUUUGGUGGUCGUGUGCACCGCGAGCGGGGAGCUGCACCAGCUCGAGGCGCGGCGGCUGGUCGAGAUCCUCCUGGAUGUGCUUGGACGCUUUGCACAAGUGUGGCCGUCGACCGUUGACCUUGUGGUUGGAUUUCGCAGGGCUGCAGAUUCGCUUGGCCUUGGAAUCGCACCCGAGGACAUGGAAACCCCGCUCGCGGCCCCACUGCCCCAGGGAGGGAGUACCUUCGAGGAGAUCAACCAGUGGCUUUUGGACUUUCCCUUCGACUUUGAUAUCUCGUCGGACUUCGCAAAGCACAUCGACGCGCACGAGGAGGUCGUCGACUCCGAGGCGCGCGGAUACGUCGACCACACGGUGGUCAUCACGCCCGAGGUCGACGCGCGCCUCCGCCGUAAGAUCCACCUGCGUAUCCUGCCGCUCCUAUGUCUCGGUUAUCUCUGCCAGGCACUCGACAAGGGCACGAUCACGUCGUCGUCCAUCAUGGGCUGGCUCAAGGACGUCAACGCCAAGGGCCAGGACUUCUCCCUCACCACUACCAUCCUGUGGUGUGGUAUCAUCAUGGCUGAGCCCCUCGCCAACCAGUGUGUCCGUCGGCUUCCCCUUGCGAAGCUUCUCGCAGGCGGCAUGGUCAUCUGGAGUAUCCUUCUCUUCGGCCUCGGUUUCUCGAUGAGCAUUCCCCCUGUCCUGGCUAUCCGCUUCCUCCUCGGCUUCUUCGAGUCGCUUGUCGGCCCCUGUCUCGUUGCUCUCAUGGUCCAGUGGUACCGCAUUGAGGAGCAGCCGUUCGUCGGCACCAUGUGGCAGUGCAUGCUCGGUUUGUCGACCAUCAUCACGUCUCUCCUGGCCUACGGCUUCUUCCACAUCGAGAACGGCAAGCUCAAGUCCUGGCAGUGGCUGCACGUCAUGAUCGGCCUCAUCUCGCUCGUGUGCUCCCUCAUCGUGUGGUUCUUCCUCCCCGACUCGCCGACUCAGGCGCGCUGGGCGACCGAGGAGGAGAAGACGUUGCUCGUUGAGCGUGUGCGCGCCAACAACCAGGGUCUCAAGAACAAGACGUUCAACAAGGCGCAGAUGCGCGAGGCGUUCAAGGACAGCUUUACGUGGUGCCUCUUCUUCCUCGCCUUCUUCAACACGCUCGUCGUUGGCGGUGUGAGCACGUUCGGCGGCCUCCUCAUCACCCGGGCGUUCGGUUUCUCCACCUACACCGCGCAGCUGCUCAACAUCCCCGUCGGCGUAUUCCAGAUCCUCCUCUAUCUCUCCAUGGGAUGGCUCGUCAAGAAGACUGGCGAGACCGCCUACCUCAUGGUCGCGUUCACGAUCCCUAACAUUGUCGGCACUGUCGUCCUGCUCACCGUCGCACCAGGACCCAAGACCAAGGGAGGCCUCGUGGCAGCCUACUACUGCAUGAUGGUGUUCGGCACCUGCUACCCCGCCAUCAUCCUUCUGCUUUCGCGCAACGUCGCCGGCCAGACGAAGAAGAGUGUCGUCUACGCUGUUAUGUUCAUGGGCUGGGCCGGCGGUAACGGUAUCUCGCCCCAGAUCUUCCAGUCUGUCUGGGCCCCGCGCUACCUGCACAGUCUGCACAUCCACCUCGCGUUGUACGGUUGCUUCAUCGGCACGUGUUUCCUCACCCGGUUCAUCCUCGCGCGCCGCAACAAGCGCAAGGAGGAGGCCGCGGCCGCUGUGGCGUCCGAGGCUGGCGAAGGUGCCAAGAACCUGCACGCGUUUGAGGAUCUUACCGACCUGCAGAACCCCGACUUUAGGUACAGUCUGCUUAAGCGCAAGGUCGACUUGCGCCUCAUGCCUUGCCUGUUCGUGCUCCUCAUUCUCAACUAUCUCGACCGCAAUGCGCUCAGCCUCGCCCGUGUGCAAGGCAUCGAAGCCGACCUCGGCCUCAAGGGCAACAACUUCAACACGGCCAUCUCUGUCCUCUUCUGCGGCUACAUUAUCGGCCAGCUACCCUCCAACCUCGUCCUGUCGCGCGUCCGGCCGAGCGUGUACCUGUCGGUCAUGUGCGUGCUGUGGGGCAUCGUGUCGGCCGCGACGGCCGCCGCGAACAAUUUCGGCCACUUGGUGGUUGUGCGCUUCUUCCUCGGCGUGCUUGAGAGCCCUUUCUUUCCCGGCGCGCUGUUCCUCUUGAGCUCUUGGUAUACUAAAAAGGAGCUCGCGCUCCGGACUAGCAUUCUCUACUGCGGCUCGUACCUCUCUGGCGCGUUCGCAGGCCUCAUCGCCGCCGGUGUCCAAAAGGGCCUGAAGGGCAAGCGCGGCCUCACGUCCUGGCAGUGGCUGUUCAUUCUCGAGGGCAGCAUCACGGUCCUCGCUGGCCUGGUCGCCGUGUUCAUCCUCCCCGACUAUCCAGCCACGACGCGCUGGCUCACGGACCGCGAGAAGGCGCUCGCUGCGUACCGCCUCGAACGGGACACUGGCAUGCUCGACAAGGAGACGAUGCCGCUCCGCCAGGCGGUCAAGGCCGCCGUCAAGGACUACAAGUUGUGGAUGUUUGCGCUCAUCUACGCGACGAUGGCUACCGCUGGAGGGUACUCCCCGUUCGUGCCGACUGUUGUCAACACCUUCGGCCUGAGCCCCAUCAAGACCCUCCUCCUCACCGCACCCCCCUUCCUCGUCCCCGUCAUCACGCAGCCCAUCGUCUCCUUCUUCUCCGACCGCGGGCCCGAGCGCUGCUGGCACUACACCACGCCGAUGUGGUUCGCCAUCGUCGGCUUCAUCCUGGCCGCGACGACGACGACCACGGCGCCGCGGUACCUCUCCAUCUUCUUCCUGACUGGCGGGCUGAGCUCGAGCUUUUCGGUCCUGCUCGCGUGGGUCGGGUCGACUUUCGCCCGACCGCGCACGAAGCGCGCCGCCGCGUACGGGAUCAUCAAUGCACUGGGGAACAGCGAGUGAGGCCUUAAGAGCCGCGCUGACAACCAGUGGCACAGAUUUGGUCGCCGUACAUGUAUCCCAAGGGCGACGGUCCGCGGUACAAGGUAGGUUGGAGGAGGUGGAGGGAGGGUGCAGCAGCGUGCUCACACCGCAGCGCGCAUUCUCCGUCUCGGCGGUCAUGGUCGCACUCGCGAUAGCGCUCAGCUUCAUCCUGCGCGAGUGCAUGCGGCGGGAGAACGCGCGCAUGGAGGCAGAGGCAGAGGAGGACGAGGUGGAGGGCAAGUAUCGCCUCGUGCUGUAAUGUUGUGCUUUGGCCGGGCCGGAUGCAUGGUUUAUAAUUCCUCG